AUGGUGCCUGCACCACAAUCUCUACCGACACGGUUCCCGUGCUGGUGCAGAGCAGUCUACUCUUGGGGCGGAGAGUCUAAACGAGAUCUCGGCUUCAUCGAGGGUGAUUUGAUCGAAUGUCUUAACGCUGGAGAUGGUUCAUGGUGGACAGGAAGACUAUGGCGCGACAGAAGGACUGUGGGAGUGUUUCCCUCCAAUUUCGUCGAGGUCCUCCCCGCGAACUUUAGACCAACGACGAGGUCAGCCAGCCCUCUCCCAGCAGAGAACACACCGAGUCCAAGCACACCUCAAAAGUCGAGGACUUUCCGAAAGCCUUUCGAGGCCUAUUCCAAAGCACCGCACUACACCGCUGCGAAACAGCCCGAGGUGUACAGGACGAACCCAAAUCCGAGGCCUAGAGGGCACUCUGGAGAGUCGAUUCACAGUGCAAUGGAGGAGCAGACCAGAAGAGACCGGUCACCGGCCCCGGAAGCCUUCCUUUCGAGAGAGAACUCUUUCAAUGAAACCGCCUCGACUAGAAUGCGAGCAUACACGUCGCCAGCCCCAACCGGUUACGUAUCGCGGGGUAACUCGUUCAACGAUGGCGCGCAACAGCAGUACAUGCCGAGAGGAAGGACUCCUGUGCCAAGAGGAAGAACACCCGUUCCAAGGGAGAGAACACCAAUACCCCCUAGAGAAAGAACGCCCGUCCCCGACUAUGGCCACGGCCACGGAUCAAGACAGAACUCUUACAACACGGAACGGGGCCCGUCUCCCAUACCGCCAUCCCACAACUUCCACUCAAGAGGCCCGUCACCGGCUCCCUCAGUCAGCUAUAAGCCUUACCGUCCUCCCACACGAGAAAAGGUGGAUUCUCCUCCACCCCCGGCCCCACCUCCGCACCGACAUGUAGCGGCUUCACGGCACAAGCAAAGCAUAUCCUACGACAGCAGGCACGAUAGCUCUCGUCAGGACUCGCACGGCUCAUUCGACAACCGCUUUACUUCCAGUCGACAUGGGUCGGGUAACUCCUUUGACAAGCGAUUCGAUGUCGUGCGGCAGGACUCGAGCGCCUCAUAUGAUAACCGCCAUCCCCCUCUGGACAGGCACGGCUCUCAUCUUUCAUACCAAGCUCAUCGGCCAUCGCCGAUACAGACUCAGCGGCAUCACUCCCCAGCUCCACCUUCGCCAUCAGCAAGCCAUAUGACUCCCUCGCCUUUGCGAGAGGCAAUGGAUGGCGUGAUCGAGCAGCUGGACGCACUGGGAAUGCCUCGAGAUCCGACACCAGAGCCGCCACUGGAUCCGUGGUCGCCCGAGUCGUUUGAUAUGGUGAAUGACCGCGCUAGGAGAAAGAACACUUACCAAAGACCACAGACAUCCAUGGGCAUAGCACAACAGGACGAAGGGUACGAAACCUGGAGCGGCGGAUCGUCACGAGACCAAUCCUAUCAUAACGGACAUCGGGAGGAUAAAGAGCAGCUACCUCAACUGAGUAACUACGUCGAACGUAUGGAAAGUCGUCUCAAAAAAAUGCAUCAACAUAGCGCAAGUAUGGCUGACCUUGAGGAUGAGGCACCGAAGCCACCCCCCAAAGGCCAGUUAUACGAGAGACCCAAGUCUUCGAUGGGUGGACCGGAGGAGAGGAAGCUUCGCGGGCGCAAGUCGGCUUACGACAUUGGCCGCAACGUCCUGAACAGGACGUUUACGACGAAGACCAACUCUACCAGCGCCUCCUCAGGCAAUCAGAGUUCGACGACGCAAAGCAGCGACAGGAGUUUGAUGAGUGGGUCGUCAGCCGGCGCUAUUAGCGCAACGAGCGCUGGCAGCUUCGCUCGCAAAACCCAGAAGCGGGCCCAGAGUGCCCUGGGCAUGCGUGAUGCUGAUAUCGAGCGCCCAGAAACGCCAUUCACCGGGGUUACAUAUCACAGCAGUCACGCCUCAGAAGCAUCUCGGCCAAAGUCGCAAGCUGGCUUUCAUGAAGAUGCUGGCCUUGGAGGCCUCGUCACCCCAAAACCCCCAAAGAGGAACAUCUUCAAGAAGCUCCUCGACACAGCCAAGACCGGGGUGGCAUCCGGGCGCAGUAGUAUUGCCAUGGGUGCCGACUCGCCCAGAUCGUCGCCUUUUGCUCGCUCCAUGCCCAAUGUUGCCGCUCAAGCUGGUGCUAGCGUAUCCAACUUGACCAACUUGGGUAGCACUGGCUUCGGUAGGGAAGCAGCCAGGGAAAUGGGGCUUGCAAGCGGAGUGGACUGGGUUCAGGUCCGCAGAGACGUCAAUCGAUCCAACUCUCUGAGUAAGAACGAGAGGAACGAGCGGAAAGAUCGCUGCCAAAUGCUCGACUACCCUGCGUUGAACCCAGUCGAUGAGUUGUACGAAGGCAUGGAGGGUGACGAGGGCGCCGACGGUCAGCCUGUGGAGGACCCCAUCGACUACCAAUCAAUAAAUCUCACCCAGGUGGACAAGAACUCGAGGUUUGUGGCUAGCUUUCCACCAACGACGACAGCACAGAGCUUGGCAACAACCUAUGUAUGUCGACCAUACCGCAGCGACGUCCAGAGACUGCGGGCAAUUUUUACUUGGGUAUCCGAGAAGCUUGUCUGGGAAGAGGACUUUGAAGGCGAAGUAGACACUCGGAGGGUACUGCAGUCAAAGCGAGCGAGUGCCGAAGAGUAUGCGGUCAUUGUGUACGAAAUGUGCUCCGCCGUUGGUAUCCAGUGCGAGGUCAUCCGCGGGUACCUCAAGACGCCCGGCGAGAUUCCAGAGCACAAUAUCAUGCCUCGGGCGAAUCACUGGUGGAAUGCGGUUCUGGUCGACAACGACUGGCGAAUGAUUGACUGCUGCAUGGCCAGCCCUUCAUAUCCCAGGCGGCAUCUCUACUCGAGUGCUAGCAACAGCGCCGCGGACUUUUGGUGGUUCCUCACGCGGCCGACAGAGCUCUGCUGGACACAUAUCCCUGAACACCACACUCAACAACACAUGUGCCCGCCACAGGCUCAUGAAGUUCUCCUCAACUUGCCUUGCGCCUGCCCUCCCUUCUUCAAGAACACGCUCGAGAUGGUCGAUUACAAUACGGCAGCAACUCGCAUCGAGGAUCUGGAGAUGGUACAUGUCAAGUUCAACGCUCCACCUGACGUCGAGAUUGCUGCUGAAGUCGAAGUCCGCGGCUACACCAGAGAUGUCGAUGGUGACGUAUUCGAGAGCGGCGAAGUUGUGAAAAAGAGAGCGCUGGCUCAAGCGGAGUGGUUCAACGGCACCAAACGAUACACCGUCAAGGCUUUGCUGCCUGGUGAUGAGGGCCAGGGAGUCUUGAAGAUUUAUGCCGGCAAGCGUGGUCUGAUGCAUAGCAUCAAAGACAUUCCUCAUCCAGUGGCAUUCGCGCUGCCCAUCAUUCAUACGGGCGAGAACCCUCCGUACGAGUUUGUGACGCGGCACCCGACGCCUCAUGCACAGCGUCACGAUAUCUACGUUGUUCAGCCUCAAUGUCAACGUCUGGCUUUGAACAACACUUUUGUUUUCGCAAUUCGGCAGCAUCCCAGCUCUGCGGGCGCGGUCGGCUCGGUGAUGACACCGUCAUCCAAUCCUGGAGGCGCAAGCCCAAUCCCCUUUAUAAGACCGAGCUCCGCCAUGAGUAUGACCGCCUCCAGCGCCAGCGGCUCGAACCUCAGUUCAGCAGCUGCCGGUGGGAAGAAGCCGGCUAAGUUGGCGAUUCAGACUCCUGGCGGCAAAAUUCUCCGUCUUAUGAGGAAAGAGGAGCGCAGAGGAGUCAGUGUCGGCAGUAGAGGGGCUGAAGAGGAUCUCAGUGAUGGUGGAACGUGGGAGACCAUCAUCAAGUGUUCUGAGAAGGGAGUGUGGAGGGGGCUGGUAUUGGCAGACCGCUCCGCCCGCUGGUGCGUCUUUGCCGAGUGGGUAUGUGUGGGAUGA